AUGGCCUCCCUGAAGCCAGGUUCCCAACAACCACUCACCAACCCAACCGACAUUGCCGAGCACAGUAAAUGCCAAGAGAAAAUGAAAUCGGAGGUCGACUGGCUAAGACGGUACUGUGCUGACGCCUCCACAUGCGCUUCUGGACGAGUGAUGCCUGCCCUACUCGCCAACAUCCGUGCCCAAGGUCAGAAACUGGAAGAAAUCGCUACGGUCGGUGUUCGAGAUGGGAGUAUGCUCGUAAUGACAGUAUUCGACGAGGACAGGCAGGAUACACGGAGGUUGAGAGUCACUGUGCCCAAGCCGACGCUCAAUGCCAAGUCGUUGGUCGUCGCUGCUGCAGGGAAAAGGGCAGAGGAAGCGCGCGUGCAGUGCCGAAAGCUGCAUCAGACGAGCGUGAAGAAGGGAAAGUAUGGAAAGCAAUCUGUUGAACUCGCGGCGGCAUUUCCAAGGUCUGCCGGAAAAAUCUUGGUGGACAUGGAGAAGGCGUUGGGAGUCUCAUGA